AUGUCCCUAUUCAAAGGCAAAGACUCCGUACCAGAAUACGAACGCCUAGUCGAUGAGUCCCACGAGCUCGCAGAGCCAUCCAACGAAAAAGCUUCCCAUCAGAUAAGAUUACUGACAUCCAUAACCACCCACACAUCUUCUUGUGGACCGUUAUUUGCGUUGUUAGUUUCGUCAUCAUUUCCGGGUUUCUUGAGAUUUUCCAAAAACAAAAACAAAAAAACGGCCUCCUCGUCUCAAUCUGAACCCCCAGAAGAGAGGGACGCUCGAUCGACUGCCAUUGUAGAAGACCCUAUUGAUUCAGAGGAAGCGAUCACAUCCCACGAAAAGGCGCUGGCAGAGAAAAUUGAAAAUAUAACAAACUAUGUCGACAAACUCUAUAAAAAGAAAUAUGCUUUCAGUUGGCUUCAGGGUACAAAUCUGGACGAAGACCUAUUUAAAGCUUUCGACGCUAGAUACAUCUAUGGGGAGCCGACACUCCGGGCUCUGAAGAAACAUUUUGAAGCUGAGAUGCGAUACGAGCAAGUGCCAAACAAAUUAAGCCCCAAGAUGGAAAGUUUAAUCAAAAACGCUCUACAAGAACUAUCUAAGUUGACCAAAAAAGAUGACCAAACGGGAAUAAAAAUUGCCUAUUAUGCCCGGGUGUUCGCCUACAUGAGUGGUUAUCACCGGAACAGCAGGACUCCUUUCAACUGUCUAAUUAUGUCUCAUAUCAAGAAGAAUAUUCAAACAAGUGUCAAAUGCUUAGAAAAGAAGUACCGACCCAUAUUCAAUCAGUUGAAUCGGAUUUUUGAAAGAUAGCCAGUCUUGGACGUGCGGAUAGCU